AUGGCCGUCGGAAGAACAAAGGGCGAAGAAGUCCGAAGCCUCUUGUGCUGUAUACCGUCUCCGCAUCCGGCAGCCUAUACCACCUACUACGCGGUGGCUACACAAUCGCAGCAGGUUUCUCACAUCCACAACAGCCCGAAGGGAGCAUUCGACAUCCAGACUACCCAACCUGCCGGACAUAGGAUACGCAACCCAGACCGCACCAACACAACCCGCGCAAACAGGGCCAACCCACCCAACAACGCAACCGACACCCGCCACGCCCGCGCCUGGAUCGCAUGGCAACUCCGCAGAGGGGGACGGACACUCGCUGACAUCAUGGCCGACUGGCGGGGCGCAAACACGAGGACUUUAGGCUUUCGGGCGAGGCAGGCAUAUGCUGCUAACCAGUUGGUGGGUCUUGACAGGGAGUUGCAUCGGACAGGUGGGCAGGGCCAGGCGGCGGCAGGGAAUGCCGGUGGUCAGGCGCCGGCGGCGGCGGGAAAUGCGGGCAACGCAGCUGGGGCGGGUCAGGGCGCUGGUCAGGGCGCAGCGGCGGUUGCCGGGAAUGCUCAAGGAAAUGCUGGAGGUCCGGCUGCUCAAGGAGGGGCGGCAGCAGCAGCUGGGAACGCUCAGGCAAGUGCCGGAGGGCGGGCGAACGCUGGAGCGCUGGUUCAACUCGCUGGUGCGGCGUUGGACGUAGCGGAUGCCAAUGCCCAGGGAAAUGCUGCAGGUCAAGCCAAUGCUGCAGCGGAUCCCGCUCAGUAG